UUGAUCACUUGAAGGUAACGAGACAAGUGCGAGGAAUGCGGGGUAAAAAAGGAGUUGCUAUUUGUACCCACGCACCUUUAGCCAUUCCAAACUCAAAUUUUCUAACCUGGCAUCGAUUUGUGGAAUGGAUGGAGUAUCAGAUUAUGAUUGGAAUAGAUGUGAUUAUUAUGCCUUAUCCCAUGAAAAUAAGCAAAUUUCCACUCCCUGAUGAAAUAGACAGAGCACUGCACUAUUACGUCAAAAAAGGUCACCUUCGCAUGAUGGAUCUGCCUUACUACAGAGAAGGACAUUCUGGUAUCACUCAGGAAUCGAACGCUAUUUACCGGAUAUCGUCUUGGUCAAAACUGUUCCAUAUGACUCACUGCUAUCUCAAACACGCUCUGGAGUUCGAACAUAUCCUGUCUCUUGACCUGGAUGAAGUACCUGGAUUUCACGCGGAUCGACCGCCCAAUAUUUCAGAAGCCAUAUCCUCAAUGAAAGCUGCUCUGGGAAGUUCAGGAGCUCAGAAAAGUUUCCAAAUGAGAGACAGAAUAAUGAUUGUGUCCUCAGUGUGUACAAAACAUUUGAAGCUGGACACCUCCUGGCAAAACGGGACCGUCGAUGAACAUUUUGCUAUUCUCAAUGCCAGAUAUGCAUAUGCUAAGGCUUAUCAUCCCGGAAAACAAAUCAUCAACACAGAUGUAUGUGUAUUUUUGCAUCUGCACGGCUGUGAUAGUUACCUUCCGAUAUCGGAAAAAGAACAUUUCAAAGCUCAAUAUUCUUUCGACUCCAUAAAUAAACCAUUGGAUCUUCAAAUUGCUAACGAAAGCGGAAUUUAUCUGAAUCAUUACAGGACAUUAAAGUGUGAAAAGAGCAAUCUUGAAAGUUGUUGCCUGAAACAUGGAGAUGAAAUCCAGGACAAUUUUAAUCUGAAUAACAUUCGUCUGCUCAAAAAAAGGAUCAGAACUGUGGCAGCAGAAUUGAAUUUCACAACAACUUUGCGGUCGGACACACUUUGAACUUCAGAAACCAAUAGAAUCAGUGGUUAAGUUCAAAGUAAAUUUUUAUACAAACAACAUAGUAAUUAAUUUUUGUAACUUCGUGAAACGUCCUUUUCAUAGUUUUUUGCAAAAAUCUAACCUAUUUGAACUUCGUUUAAGCUCGUGGUUUCACAAACACAAUCAUAGUCAUUCAAGUCAGGAGAACAAAUUUUUGCCUGCCUGUUGGCCUGCCCGGGUCGAGAUUUGCGAUUCAUGUUUCGACCUAAGCUUUACUGCCUUAUGUUUUAAUAAUGCCUUUUUGCUUUAUGCCUUU